UGCAUGAUGGAAGCCCACUGCUGGACCUGUUUGUGGGGACUCUUCUACUUACCUUUAGUAGUAAACCUCAGUUUAGUUUCCCAAAGCCCCUCAUCGAUCUCUCAUGUCAGAGUGAACUCAUCUUUUGAGAUCACCUGCACAUCCCAGCUGCAACCUUUAGGACUGCUUCUGCACAGGUUUUUCUCCGACAAGGACGUUGGCUACCUGUACUUCCACAGUGGAGUCAUCAAGAAGACUGUAUUUGAUCCAGAGUUUGAGAACAGAUCUACUGUAACUCCCGUCAAGCAGCAGGAGGGGUUAGGGUUUACAAUAAAGCUGUCCCUGCUGGACCUGGGCGACACAGACUUGUAUUCCUGCCAGUGGGUUUUUUUCAACGUGGAGUCAAAAAGCAGCUUCAACCGGGAGAGUAACGGCACCYUCAUCAUAGUUAGAGAUGAUCUUCCCCAGGACCAGUGCAAAGACAAUAUUGUGGACCUGACCUUGGUCUGCCUGAGUGUUGCUGCAGUUAUUUUCCUGCUGUUCUUCUUCAUCGGAYCUCAGGUUACAAAGUGCCUUAGAUUUAAAAAGCAGUUCAUUCCUGCCAGACCCUCUGGACCUCCUCCCAGACCACCCAGACCUCCCAGACCCGACAGACCUCAGCACAUUUACGAGCAACAGCAAACGCUGCACUGCCAUUACUUAAUCACAUCUACAGACGUUCAUGACUUCAGGUCCUUUCAGUGAUGUUCAGAGGCAGAGCAAGGCCAGUGUUCAGGUCUGAAUCUCAUGUGAACCAUGCUGUGGGUUGUCUCAAACAGCUGGCUGAGGUGGAGCCUUUUCAUUUCCUUURAUACAUAAAACAGUGUUUUUGUCUGCAGAAACGUGCCUGAGCCACCACAUCCUGAGGCAGUGCUSUACAGGUGUCGUGUACAUGUGUACAGGAGGAAAAUGUGCAGAGCAAGCUAUUUUUCUUUCCAUUCUUUGUUUGCAGCUUGACCUGUUGAUGUCAGUGCUUCACUGUUAGGAUUCAUUAUUGUCCUGUAAAAAUGAUGRGAUAAUGUGCCACACACAUUUCUGCUUGUUUUUAUGCAUUAAAUGUACUGUUUUAAUAUUCUUSUACUUACUUCUUUAUGUAGCAUUAAGGAACUCUUCCUCUCCUUCUGUCACAUCAUUCCUUUUUGUGAAGUUUGAACCCUGUUUGUCUCACUGUGUUGUUGUAAAGUGCAGAAGUGCAGUACAGUUUAAGAAAUGUAACAAGUGUUGGAUAAAAUGGUUUUGUUUCCUUGAGAGGAGUUGGUCCAGGAGUCGUGCCUCUGAUUCCUGACGGUGCCAUCACCUUCUGGAAAAACUGCUGACCUCAGCUGACUCUCUGCCUGAUCAGGGACACUCAGAAGGCAGGGAGGCCUCCGGACCCCCGAUGUAGAGCACAGUAAGACCGUGGCUUUCACCUGCUGAUGAAAAAAAUGAUGUUAGAUCUGAAACUAUCUGCAUUAAUGAAUGAUAAUUGUUUGAUGUUACAAUAAAUAUUAUUUCCAAAUA